AUGCCGGCGCCUUACACGCGGAUCCUGGGGUGAGCACACGCCCGCCGUGGCCCCCUCGACUCCCUCUGUCUGCACCCCACUUCUGACUCUCCCUGACCCCCCACCCCCGUUUCAAUGCAACACUGAACCCCCUUCCCCUUUCUUCCCCAGUCUCCAGCCUCCGCGAUCUCGCCUCUCCAAGCCUCUGCCCCUCUCUCUCUCUUUCCACCCCCCAUCCCAUCCUUGGCCCCCCAACUUCUGCUUCAAUCCUUUCGGCAGAUCUCAUGGAGUUCAAGGGAAUGACCUUCGCUUCGAAGGGUGUUUGAGGUCCCAGCCUUCCGCCCACCCCAUAGCGAUUGCUUUGCACCCCACUCUUCUUUGGGGUGGUCCUGGAGGAGAGGGGUUCGCUUAAGUGGGGUGGGCGGGCGGGAAGACAAAUACCCAUGCAAAAAGCAAACAAACAUGCCCCUUCUCCCUGGUGUGUUUUUAUUCCAUAAUAAUCUGCAUGUGAUUUUUAGAAUAACGUGAUGCCAUUAAGAAAAAAAUGCAACGCAAAGCUCCUCUUACUUCAUGUGACUGGAGUAAGAACGGGACUGUCUCCCUGGGGGUGAAGAGAAGUCCAGCCUCAGUUUGCACGUUCUGUGAAAUGGGUAUAAGGCGUUCGGAGCCGUUUGCUUCCGCCACGCGAGGCCUCCUGUCCCUUCCCAACUGUGCUCAUGUAUCCCUUCCUGACACAUAGCUGAAUAUUGCAAGGGGGUUGGAUGAGAUCACUCCACCACCACCCGUCCCUUCCAACACUUGAGAUUUGAUGAUCCUGCCUCUAUCUCCUUUAGAGAUGCUCCCCCUCCCUUUAUUCUGUCUGUCUCCCUUCCUUGUCUGUGCCCCUGUCUAAGAUGCAAAUGUGGACCCCCUUCUGAGGUUAAAACUCUAAAACUGUACCCCCCCCCCCCAAUUGUGCGAAGGAGCUUCUAAAUUUUGGGUGCCCUGCUUCCUUUUUGCAGGCAGAGUGUUUGCAGCCGGGGGACACAGAUGAGUCCUUGUGCUCUGGCAACGCCACCCUUGUUUGUUAGGCUCUCCUCCGCCUCGGCCUCCUGCCUCUCGCUCUCCACGUCACCCACAAACACCCCCCCUUCCUCUACAACCUUUUACCCAUAAGAGGAAACAGCAAACCUCCGGAGCCCAAUCACCUCUGCUUUGUUUUAACAGCUCUUAAUAUUUCCUCUUCGAUUGCCCUCCUCCAGAUAAACCAAGGCUAGGACACUAAUCCGGGUCCUAAAGAGUUGCAGGAAGAUCUCUCUCCCUGCAAACAAACAAACACACACAUACACACACACACGCUGCAAUCUCCAGUUGCAGCCCUGGGUCUCAUCCUCCCCAUGCAAGCCUCGCAGCCAGCUUGAACCCAUCCCGUUUUAUAGCUGUCAAUCUCCUGGCUCCUGAUUACCUCACCUUGGCUACCUUCUUUAGCCUUUGGACACACAAACAGAACACACACAGAGGGCCAGUCUGUAAAAUGGGAGCAGCAGUGACAGCUAGGGGGUGAUCGUAAAGCAAAUACGCACAUUUUAAAACGUGGGUAUGUUGCACGCACGGCUUCCAGCCCCAUCUCUGCCACAGAGUCAUUUUGUGGCCUUGGGUCAGUCACAUUCUCUCUCUCUCUUGCUCCGUGCCUCAGUUCCUUUACCUGUAAAAUGGGAGCAAUAUUCAGUCAUAGUUGGUUUAUUUAGAGUGUUUGUACCUUGCUCUUCAGGGUGGCUUACAUACACUCAAAACAAGACAGUCCCUACCCACAGGCUUAUCAUUUAACCCCUUCCCCAAAGGGGGGAAAAACAUGACACACAAGGUAAAAGGUACGGGAGGGAAGAGGAAACUGACAUCACAGGAUUCUUGUGAUGUGCAUCCACUUUUUUAAACGAAACAAAACAAUGAAUGGAGUGUUCUGCAGGAACAAUCCAUUGCGACGUUCUGUAGCCUGUCUGCAAGACAGUCCUUCUUCCCCGCCACACGCAUCAAGCGUUCCCAUUUUACAGAUGGAAAACUGAGGCCGGUGGUUUGUUGUUGCUUUAAAAGUGUCCUGUCGGAGGUUGAGCAGUUAGGUAGGUGGAAAGGUGCAAAAGCUGAACCCUCUCCGAAUGAAUCGGAAGGACUCUGUUGGUCCCCGCAGCGUCGGAGUCAAAGCACCUGGGGAGGAAAUCAGUGGGGGAGAGGAAUUGCUGUAGCUCACAGGUAGGGCAUGCACAAGGUCCCGGGUUCAAUCCCCUGGUAGGGGCCAGAGUUCUCCUUGAAGGUUGUUGGUUGAUCGAAGCAGGAUCCAGUCUCCUUAAUUUCUCCCCCGCCCCGUGCAAAGUUGCAGACAAAGUAGGACACUUUUUGUGAUCUGAUCUAGGCUUGCCUCCCCCCCCUUCUUUUUUAAUUAAGACAACUCCCCGUGGCAGUGGGGAGAUGCCACAUGGGAGCUGUGGGGCAAGGCGGGGAGGGCCUGCGCCUCUAUCUGGGAACAACAUGUUCCCGCACGCAGGCAGGUCUCCGACCCGGCGCCCUGGGGGCAUGGCCGGGACCUCCCCCCCCCCCGCUCCGCCGGGAGCCUUAGCUCGGGUGAAAGUCCACGCCACCGUGUGGGCCGUGUGGCCUGGCCCUUUGCCCUUUGCCCUGCCGCCUGGAGCCCAGCCAAGGUUCCUCGCUGUGGGUCCUCUGCCAAUCCGGGGGGGGGGGGGAGAAGCAAACCCUUUCCCCAGAUCUCCCAUGCAAGGGUCAGUGAGGUACGUACAUGCUCACAAACAGUCUAGGGUCCACAGAUCCACAGCCGUCGAUAUUGUCCUAGGACAGGCGUCCUCAACCUCAGCCCUUCAGAUGUUGUUUUUUUUUUGGACUACAACUCCCAUGAUCCCUAGCUAGCAGGACCAGUGGUCAGGGAUGAUGGGAAUUGUAGUCUCGAAACAUCUGGAGGUCCGAAGGUUGAGGAAGCCUGUCCUAGAAUCUGAGAGGUGGAAGCACAGCUGUCAACGUUUCCCUUUUUUAAAAAGGGAAAUUCCCUUAUUCCGAAUAGGAUUCCUCGCAAGAAAAGGGAAAAGUGGACAGCUAUGGGUGGAAGGGACCCUGGGGUCAUCUAGUCCAACCCGCCGCGAUGCAGGAAUCUCGACAAAAGCAGCCGUGACAAAUGGCCGCCCAACCUCUGCUUAAAAGCCUCUGAGGAAAGGAGAGUCACCCUGGUCUCACGCACGCAAGUUCACGAGCGUGCACAUGGAGUUUUGUGGCGCAUGGUGCAUGCGUGUUAGGCAUGGAGCUGGGCUUUGCCAAUGGGAUUUGCCUGCUUGCCUUGGUGACAAAGGCCUUUGGGCACCUCCUUGUUAUUUCACCCUUGAGCAAACCUCCUGAUAACUUGCAAACGCCAUAUUUUAUUUUUAAAAAGAAAAUAUGCUUUGAGCGGGGAGCUUGCCAGCAAGGCGGCAUGCGUGCCACCCUCUCCCGCCCGCAACCUGCUGCUUUGCGCAUAGGGGACAGGCCGUAGCUCAUUGGUAGAGCGUCCAGAAAGCCCCAGGUUCUUUCCUUCCAGGUAAGACUCCCUGCCCAAAACCAGCGUUCAAAAUUCACCAGGCACAUUUUGCAUCCGGCUAUUGGCCACUUGAGGGACGCGGGUGGCGCUGUGGGUAAAACCUCAGCGCCUAGGACUUGCCGAUCGUCAGGUCGGCGGUUCGAAUCCCCGCGGCGGGGUGAGCUCCCGUUGCUCGGUCCCGGCUCCUGCCAACCUAGCAGUUCGAAAGCACCCCCUGGUGCAAGUAGAUAAAUAGGUACCGCUUACUAGCGGGAAGGUAAACGGCGUUUCCGUGUGCUGCGCUGGUGCUGGCUCGCCAGAUGCAGCUUGUCACGCUGGCCACGUGACCCGGAAGUGUCUCCGGACAGCGCUGGCCCCCGGCCUCUUAAGUGAGAUGGGCGCACAACCCUAGAGUCGGACACGACUGGCCCGUACGGGCAGGGGUACCUUUACCUUUACCUUUACCUUUAUUGGCCACUUAUGGGCGAGUGAAUAUGCCCGGUUGCCAGGACACUGCCUGACUUCUCUUCGUGCCUGGGGAUCCUUGGAUAUGCCUUGUUUACUCACACCAGCAACACAUCCUGUCGAAUUAUAGCCGUGAUGUUUUAUCCGCACAAUCAGAAUGCAUUUUGGGAACCCAAAAGUCAUGCAGGGAAAUACGACUUUAGAGCUGUCCAGCCCCAAAAUGGCAAAUAGAUCUUCGGUUUUGGCGACUGUAAUCCUGAUUCAAGGAUCCAUUCGCUGCCUAGCUUAUGUAUCGUGAGUUUCUAGCCCUGCCUGGAAUUCUGGAAAGCCACUUUUGUCCGGUGUAAAUGAUAAGGAACAAGGUGGAUUGAUGGUCUGACUCAGGGAAAGCUACCUUCAGAUGUUCACCAUCACAAGUACAGUGGUACCUCGGGUUCCAGACGCUUCAGGUUCCAGACUCCGCUAACCCAGAAAUAGGACCUCGGGUUAAGAACUUUGCUUCAGGAUGAGAACAGAAAUCGUGCUCCGGCGGCGUGGCAGCAGCAGGAGGCCCCAUUAGCUAAAGUGGUGCUUCAGGUUAAGAACAGUUUCAGGUUAAGAACGGACCUCCGGAACGAAUUAAGUACUUAACCCGAGGUACCACUGUAUUCAUCUCAGUGUUUCUCACCUGCCCCAGGUGCUGUUGUGCAUUGUGGGGAAAUCUGCCAGCGUUUAUGCGAUACCUUCUCUCCAUUCCCAAAAGGCAAUUUAAGUUAGACUCCCAUUAUCGCUCAUUUUGGCGAUGGAGCUGUUUCGUUCCACGUCCUCAUUUUUUUCGUGUGGCUCCAGCCUGUCUAACACGUUUGGCUUCAACCUUGAGGCGGAGGUAGCUUUUUGGGGGGGAGACGCUGACUUUUGGGGGGGACUUUGCAUAUAAACGUGGGCCGCUUAGAGAUAAGCCCCCCCCCACUCGUUCAUUCCCAAUGUGUUGUUUAUUGCAUAGAUUUGAAAACGACGAGGAAGGCGCCUGGGCCUCUUGUGCGGAAAUGCGCCCGCGCUGUUGUGCAGCGGCAUCUAAAGUUUCUGGGCAACGCAGGCGUCUGGCUUUGCGCAUAAACUCUGGCACAUAUGCUCACGGGUCGCGCAUACACCGGUUUUUGCCUGCCCAAGCUUGCGUACAAUUUGCACAUUUUGGAAGGUUGUGGGUGCCCCCGGGGGAAUCUCUCUGCCUAUUUCUGCACGAUUUAAACGCUCUGAUAAGGACUCGGGAGAGGCCUGGCAAACAAGAGGCCUGGGAAAAUUGAGAUGCCCAUCUAGGUUUCCUCCAGCUCCCCUCCUUUUUAUUUUCUUCUGCUCAUGUGGCUCCAUGCUUGAUCUCUCUCUCUCUCUCUCUCUCUCUCUCUCUCUCUCUCUCUCAGCCUUGGAGCCUCGUCUCUCAGAUGUUGGUCCGUAGCCCCAGUGCGCUGGGCGCAUGCCCCACGAGUGCUCCACGGGGACUUGGGCAAACUUCCGAGCCGGGUGAAGGAGUUUGUGGACCACGGGGUGCGACUCUGUCAGCCGGACAGCGUCCACAUCUGCGACGGCACUGAGAAGGAGAACGUCAAAAUCUUGAACUACCUGGAGUCCGAAGGCGUCAUCAAGCCAUUGGGGAAAUAUGAGAACUGGUGAGAGCAUUGGAGGGCGGGAGGCGGCCGCCCCCGGAAGCACAUGGCCAGCGCAUGUCCUGCAGAGCAUCCUGGGAGGUGGCUCUGUGGAGCCACUGGCCGGGGGAUGUGGGCACUGCCGCCACAAUCCUGUCAUUGGUCGGCUAUGCCACACAGGUUUGGGGGCAACAGAACGAACCUCGCUUUCCCCCUCUGUCUUCCCACGUAGCUGGCUAGCCAAGACUGACCCCAAGGAUGUCGCACGAGUAGAGAGCCGUACGGUCAUUGUGACGGAAAACCAGAGGGACACAGUGCCCAUCCCUGCGCCGGGGGUCAAAGGGCAGCUGGGCAACUGGAUGAAUCCACAAACAUUCAAGGGAGCAGUGGAUGAGCGUUUUCCUGGCUGCAUGAAAGGUAAAGAGAGAAUAGACAGUGGAUAGGACAGGGAGACUUUCUGAGAAGAGUUGGGCUAAAUUCUUAUUAUUAUUAUUCCCGUCUGUCAGGGUUGCCCCAGACACUCUGGGAGGCUCCCAACAGAUAUAAAAACACAACAAAACAUCAAACAUUAAAAACUGCCUUCAGAUGUCUUCUAAAAGUUGUGUCAUUCUUUAUCUCCUUGACAUCUGCUGGGAGGGCGGGUGCCACCACCGAGAAGGCCCUGUGCCUGGUUCCCUGUAAAACCUCGCUUCUCGCAAUGAGGGAACUGCCAGAAGGCCCUCAGAGCUGGACCUCAGUGUCUGGGCGGAGCAAUGGGGCUAAAUUCCUCCUGGACCUAGUUUAUUUAUUCUCUAGCUGUCCAUAGGCCUGUCCUUCUGCUCCUUUGCACCCUGUUAGCUCAUUGCUUCAAAUACGUAUCCGACCCACCUCAAGGGAUGUCUCCACCCACAAAAACUGUCCUUCUGUGAUUCAAUGACUCUUCCUUCAGCUGUGCCCCUGCCUCUGUUUGAGCUGCUGCCUGCACCUUCCCCUCCUGUGACUCCUUUGUUUUUUAUAUAUAUUUUAUUUUAUUAACAUAUAAAACACACGCAUAUACAUAUACAUUUACACAAUACACAUACACAACACACUACCUAAUUUUCAUAACAUAAAACAUACCUGCACUACUCUAUGUAAUACCUACCUAUACUAUACAUAUCAACAUACCUGCACACCUACCCCAUAUGGACACUGACCAAGUGACUUGACUUCCAGCCGUUCUUGUUCCGCUACUUUUAUUUUUCCAACUGGCUUAAGCUCAUUUCAUUAUUUCUUUAAUCUCUUCUUUUAUUUUAACUUUCCUUUCACUCUAAUCAUUUUCUGGAUUCACUCCGUAUCUGUCAGAAAUUCUACUUUUCCCACCUAAAUUUUGAUGUAUUCCUUAAAGAUUGCCCUCUCCUUAUUCACUUUUUGUACCAUGUUUCCUCUUAUCCUCCCUGUUAGCUCGGCAAUAUGGAAGUAUUCCAUCAUUUUAGGAAACCAGCCUGUUUUAGUUGGGAUGCUGCCGUUUUCCCAAUUUUUGGCAAUAGAUAACCUUGCUGCCUGUGACUCCUUUGUGCUUCCUCUCCCGCAGGCCGCACCAUGUACGUCAUCCCCUACAGCAUGGGGCCCAUCGGCUCGCCCCUCUCCAAGAUCGGCAUCCAACUCACGGACUCGGCCUACGUGGUGGCCAGCAUGCGGAUCAUGACCCGGAUGGGCACAGCCGCUCUUCGCACCCUUGGCGACGGGGAGUUUGUCAAGUGCUUGCAUUCGGUGGGGCGACCUUUACCCCUGGAAGGUGAGAGGGUCCUCUUUGGGGUUUUGGAAGUGGGGGGGCGACACCCCUCUUGGGACCCCCCCCCCCAAUGGUUAGGGACGAGGCUCAGGUUUCGAAGCAGCCUCUUGCUUCCCCCCACUGAGCCUGGGUCAGUUUUGCAAUGGCUGCUAGCGGAAUUAAAAUCAUGGGAUUGUAGAGUUGGGCAGGACCAGGUCAUGUGGUCUAAGCCUUUGCCAUGUGGGAAUUAGGGGCAGGGUCCUUAGGCUGACAGCCCUGCAGAAUACCGUAUUUUUUGCUCUAUAAGGCUCACUUUUACCCUCCUAAAAAGUAAGGGGAAAUGUGUGUGCGUCUUAUGGAGCGAAUGCAGGCUGCGCAGCUAUCCCAGAAGCCAGAACAGAAAGAGGGAUCGCUGCUUUCACUGCGCAGCAGUCCCUCUUGUUGUUCUGGCUUCUGAGAUUCAGAAUAUUUUUUUUCUUGUUUUCCUCCUCCAAAAACUAGGUACGUCUUGUGGUCUGGUGCGUCUUAUAGAACGAAAAAUACAGUAGAUCCUCUGGAAGUGCAAAAACUCUGCCAAACACUUCCUUCUGCUUAAAUUAUUAGUAGCAGAGAGAGAUUGUGUGGGGAAAGGCCAGUUUGGAUACACAUUUUCUUUUUAAUUUAAAUUUUUUUAUUAUUAAAAUAAUUCUACAUUAAUACAUACAUGUUACAAAUAUACAAACAUACAUUUCAUACAAUCUUUAAAAAUAAUCAUACAUACCCACACUCAAUCCCAGAUACUUCCUUUUCCCACCACCUGUCACCCCACCCUUGUGUUAGACUUCCAAUUUACUCAAUUGCAAUUUCUUUCCACUUCUAUUAUUUUCUCACACACACUUUUAAACCCAUUUUCUACUUCUUUUUCUGUUACACAUUUUUAUCCGUCUUAUUUAGUAUUUCAGUAUUUAUAACGGAACUUGUUUAUUGUAAUAGGAGUUCUGAUUUUUCAAUAUAAUUAUGCAAGUAUCCUUUAAACACCUUCCAGUCCUUGUCUGUCUUCUCUUUUGAGAUCCUUGUUUAGCUCUAACAAAGAUCCUUAAAGAGUCAGAGCUUUAGCGUGGUCACAUUCGCACCAGACAUUUUAAAGCUCUGUGAUACCGCUUUGAACUGUCAUGGCUCCCCCCCAAGGAAUUCUGGGAGAUGUAGUUUGUUAAGAGUCUUUCGGAGACACGCAUUCCCCUCUCAUGGCUACAGUUCCCAGAGUGGUUUAAGAAUCAAACCUUCUUGAUAGGGACCUCUGGGAAUUGUAGCUCUGUGAGCGGGUCUCCCAAGGCCGUGUUCUUCAAACCUUGCGUCCCCAGGCGUUGUCAGACUACAAUUCCCACCGCCCUCAGUCAAUGGUCAGGGAUGAUGGGAGUUGUGAUCCAGAACUAUCUGAAGAAGGCUGAUCUGAGAGCACCCAUAACAAACUACAGCUCCCAGGAUUCUCUGGGCGAAGCCAUGGCUAUUUAAAGGCAUAUGUUGUUGUUGUUGUUUAGUCGUUUAGUUGUGUCCGACUCUUCGUGACCCCAUGGACCAGAGCAUUCCAGGCACUCCUGUCUUCCACUGCCUCCCGCAGUUUAGUCAAACUCAUGCUGGUAGCUUUGAGAACACUGUCCCACCAUCUCGUCCUCCGUUGUCCCCUUCUCCUUGUGCCCUCCAUCUUUCCCAACAUCAGGGUCUUUUCCAGGGAGUCUUCUCUUCUCAUGAGGUGGCCAAAGUCUUGGAGCCUCAGCUUCAGGAUCUGUCCUUCCAGUGAGCACUCAGGGCUGAUUUCCUUCAGAAUGAAGAGGUUUGAUCUUCUUGCAGUCCAUGGGACUCUCAAGAGUCUCCUCCAGCACCAUAAUUCAAAAGCAUCCAUUCAAAAUCAGAACUCAGGGCUAAUUUCUUUAAGAAUUAAAGGGAUAUAGUAAUGCUUUAAAUGUAGGGUGUGGAUGCGGCCUUAGUUUCCUACAGUAUUAUUAUUAGUAUUAAAUUUGUAUAGCGUCCUUUAUCCAUAGAUUUCAGGGCGGUUCACAGCGUAAAACCGCAAGAUAAAACCACAAAAUGCAGAAUAAAAACCGGAACAAAACAAACCAGUAACUCCCCUCCCCAGUACAGCUGCUGGGAUACCCUCCAAGUCCUGUUGUUCAGAGGCAGGAGCGGAAUUCUUCCAUAAGAUUGCCAACCUCUGUUUAUCUCCUCCAAAUGCAGAUGAAUUGGUGAACAACUGGCCUUGCAACCCCGAGAAGACCCUCAUAGCGCAUGUCCCAGAACGCCGAGAAAUCGUCUCCUUCGGCAGCGGCUACGGGGGCAACUCCCUCCUGGGCAAGAAAUGUUUCGCCUUGCGCAUCGCCUCUUGCAUUGCCAAAGACGAGGGUUGGCUGGCAGAGCAUAUGCUGGUGAGAGGGAUGGUUUGUGAAGAUAGUUUGUGAAGAGGCAGGCCCGGCGGGGUAGGAUGAGGGGAACCGGGAGUCAGUGGCUAAAUUCCCUCCACAGUUUCAUAGUCUGUACAUGCUCAGAGGCACUCUUGGCUCCUCUUUACGGAGCCCCGGGGCCGGUCCUGACUUUGCGGGUUCAGUCUCGCAUGCCGGGUGGCGACGGCGCGAUGGAUUUCCUGCAAAGGGUUCUGGGAGCCUGGGAUAUUAUUCAGUUUGGGUUCGGCCGGGGCUUGAUAGCCAGGACUGGGGCAGGGAUGUGGGGCUUGGGAGCAAGGCCAAAGGACAACGGGGUGUUUACAUUGCCUCAGGGGGAUAUUUAACGAGCAAAUAUUAAUUGGUUAAUGAGUGGCAGAGGACUGCUGAAAUCCCAAAUGUGCGAGGAUGGGUCUGACGCAUGGAAGGGAAGGGGGGGGGUGGAGGUGAAUUUUUUAGGUCUUUCGUCAGGACCCAGAGGGCAUUGACCCAGGUGGAAGGGCAGUCGAGGGGACCCACGGCGGCGGGUGUGUAAGUGCAAAGCCUUGUGGGAAAACUUGUGAGGAUUUUCGCUGCAAAAUAAGUGUUCAUGGCUGAAACAGCCUACAAAACAUCGUGGGUAAUUUGGGGAAUGCCAUUAACUCUCCAGAAGAGCAGUUUACCUUUGUGCGUUGAGUGAAGGUUUCAUUAUUUAAAAAAUGGCCCUAACAAUCCAUUGCUUCUGGUUGAGCCAUUUUAAAGAGUUGCUUCGGAUAACCCUCUGAUCCAAGACUCGGCAGGUGUUUAGACAAACAGCUUCCCCCAACCUGGUGCUCUCCAGAUCCUUUGGACUACAGUUUUAAAAAGCUCCAACCAGGAUGGGGGAAGGCUAGUCUAAAAUAAUGGCUUUGGAUUGGCAUUUAUUACAAUGCAUUCUGGUACUUUUAUGUUUCAUUGCGAAACCAAAGUUCCUUCCUUAAAAAAAAGGGGGGGGAGAGGAAGGCUUCUCUGUGUUUAGACAUUGUGUGACAGGCAGAAAUUCAACAGAUGACGAUCUACCCCCUGCUGCCUCUCUGUGCUAUAAAAGAAUCAUCUGUUGAAUUUCCUGACCAGAAAAUUAGGAAAGAGCACAUGGAAAUGUCUCAUUAAAGUUUAAACCACACUAGGCUUUAUGACGCAAACAGCCUUCACUGCAAAUAUCUGAUUACAUGUAUCCUAAAGUUGGCUUAGAUUUCUUAAAACAAGAAACUUGUCUAAAACUUGGGUGCCGUUGCCAGUGCGUGGGUCUCUGGUGUUUGGGCACAUCACCUUCCUCUCCCUGUGCGUCUCCUGAGACAUUUACGUGUUGCUGAUUUCCCCCUUCCAGAUCCUGGGACUCACAAACCCAGAGGGGAAGAAGAAGUACGUGGCCGCAGCCUUUCCCAGUGCCUGCGGGAAGACCAACUUGGCCAUGAUGAACCCCACACUUCCCGGCUGGAGGGUGGAGUGCGUGGGGGACGACAUUGCGUGGAUGAAGUUCGACAGUGACGGUCAGUUUGGAUCCAAAUGGGAGGAGCAGGGCGCAGCAUGCUUGCUGUGUCACGAGAGGCAGUACGGUGCAGUGGUUAGCGUGCCGGAAUGAGGGGACUUGCGUCCAAAUCUCUGCUCGCCUGCAAAGAUCACUGAAUGACCUUUGUCCAGUUUCACUCUCUCUCCCUCUCUCUCCGUGACUAACCCUACCACACAGGGCUCUUGUAUGGAUAAAAGUUAGGGGACUGGGAGCUGAUAUACCCACUCCCGAGCUCCUUGAAGAGUGGGAUAAAAAUGGGAAAAAAUAAAUACGCUUCAUAAGGGUGAGAAUGUGGCCCUUCAGGCAUCGCUGUGUGGCCCUUGGAACUAUCCCCAGGGCAUCUCCUCAGGCCGACUGACAACACUUCUGGCUUCCAAGGUGAUAUUUACACCUGGUGCUCCGCCUACUUUUGCCCCUGGCCCCACCCACCACGGGCAGGUGGCCCUUGGGCAGUUGCUCAGAGGAGAAUGUGGCCCCUCAGGUUGGAAAAGUACACAGAAAAGGUACUAACUCCAGGUUGUGCGCCUUGGCCACCUUCAAACCUGACAUUAAUAGUUCAAACCAUCAUGGCUUCACCCCAAAGAAUUAUGGGAACUGUCAUUUUGCUAAGGGUGCUGAGAGGCAUUAGGAGGACCAAUAUCACAAAGCUACAAUGCCUAGAGUUCCCUGUCAGGACAGUUAAACCACUGGGAGGGCAAAGCGAGCUGGUAAGAGGUGUGGCCUGCUGAGAGAGGGUGUGGCCUAAAGAGAAAUCUUGAGGGCCAGGCAGAUAGCCUAGUGGGUCCACAUUUGGCCCCUGGGCCUGAGGUACCGCCACCCCUAAUUUCCCAGGUUGUCCGUCGCUCAUCCCGUCUGCAGAUGGGGAGGUCAGAUCACCCGACCUCCCCAGUCUUAAGAUGGCUCAAAGGGGAAUAAUAACAACAACAACAAUUUAUUUAUUAUUUAUACCCCACCCAUCUGGCUGGGUUUCCCCAGCCUCUCUAGGCGGCUUCCAACAGAAUAUUAAAAUACAAUAGUAUAUUAAACAUUAAAAGCUUCCCUAAACAGGGCUGCCUUCAGAUGUCUUCUAAAAGUCAAAUAGUUGUUUAUUUUCUCGACAUCUGAUGGGAGGGCGUUCCACAGGGUGGGCGCCACCACUGAGAAGGCCCUCUGCCUGGUUCCCUGUAACUUGGCUUCUCGCAGUGAGGGAACCGCCAGAAGGCCCUAGGCGCCGGACCUCAGUGUCCGGGCAGAACGAUGGGGGUGGAGACGCUCCUUCAGGAAUGGCGGAUUUGGUAGAUGGAAGGAGAGAAGCUUGUGCAGAGACAGCGGCUCCUCGUAUGAAGGAGAGAAGGAAGCCUGGGGAAAUAGAGGCUCAAGAAGAGGCCCUGGGAUCCGGAGCAGAAUUUUCUGCGGCUCAUUAUCUUCUCCCCUCUCAUGCGUAGGCCGCUUGCGGGCCAUCAACCCCGAGAACGGCUUUUUUGGGGUGGCGCCCGGCACGUCCACCAGAACCAACCCCAACGCCAUGCACACCAUCCAGCGGAACACCAUUUUCACCAACGUGGCCGAGACCAGCGAAGGGGGAGUCUACUGGGAGGGCAUCGACCAGAUGAUCCCCGCGGGAGUGACCAUCAGCACCUGGCAGGGCAAGCCUUGGAAACCAGGCAAGGAUGGGCGGCUUGUUUGCAAAGGAUUCUGGGUAGCCGCACAGAACGGAGUGGGGAAUGGGGAGCGCAUAGAGCCCGGUAACCUGAACUUUCCCCUUCUCUUCCUGCCAAGGUGACGCGGGGCCAGCUGCCCACCCCAAUUCACGCUUCUGCGCGCCAGCCCGCCAGUGCCCUAUCAUGGACCCGGACUGGGAGUCCCCUAAGGGGGUCCCUAUCGAUGCCAUCAUCUUUGGGGGCAGGAGACCUGCAGGUAAGCUCCCUGGCCUCCCACUCCUCCUCCCAGACUCUGUGGGCACCCACUGAGUGACCCUCCUCUCUGAGGGACCCCACCCGCUAAACUGAUUUCCCCCCACAGGUGUGCCCCUGGUGUACGAAGCCUUCAACUGGCGCCACGGCGUCUUCGUGGGCAGCGCAAUGAGAUCGGAAUCCACCGCAGCUGCUGAACACAAAGGUGAGGACUCCCUGGGGCUUGGUGGAUCUGUUUUCUAUGUAGAUCUGGUUGCAUCUCAAGGGCUAAAGUCCAGGGAAGACCUGCCCACCCACCUUGGGUAAUGGAACCAAGGCCAUGGAGAGUACAGUGGUACCUCAGGUUACAGACGCUUCAGGUUACAGACUCUGCUAACCCAGAAAUAGUACCUUGGGUUAAGAACUUUGCUUCAGGAUGAGAACGGAAAUCGUGCCCCGGCGGUGCGGCGGCAGCAGGAGGCCCCAUUAGCUAAAGUGAUGCUUCAGGUUAAGAACAGUUUCAGGUUAAGAACAGACCUCCGGAACGAAUUAAGUACUUAACCCGAGGUACCACUGUACGUUUAAAUGAAGGGUGGGGAGAAUUUUUCAGCAAAAGGGAGACAUUCCCACCCAGGCAGGAUUCUGGGGCCUGCCCAACAGUAGUUGGCAAGGCCAGAGGAGCAACAACUGAGAAGUGUACCUUUGUAGUGGCGCCCUCCCGUCAGAUGUCAGUGUAAUUUUCGGUAGACAUCUGAAGGCAGCCCUGUUUCAGGAAGAUUUUAAUGUGUGACUUUUUCUGCAUUUUGGCUGGAAGCCUCUCAGAGUGGCUGGGGCAACCCAUUCCAGAUGGGCAGGGUGUAAGAAAGAAAUUAUUAGGAUUAUUAUGGGGAGAGUCUGAGGGCCAGCUAGAGAGGCCUGAAUAUUCCCAACUCCUGCUUUAAACCUUUGUAACUGGUGGAGCCAGAAAUGGGCAGACUGGCAGCAGUGGGGCAAUAAUAAGCGCAUGGUCCGAGUCUAAACCGAAAGGUGAGGUGUCAGAGCACAGGCUGAGCUCCAGAUACAAGGCAAAGACAGCAAGCAGGUAGCCCAGAACAGGUGGAGCCAAUCUGCCAGAUGUUCCUGCAACACAACUCCCAUCACCCCUGACCGUUGGCCAUGCAGAUGGGAGUUUUAGUCCACAACAUCAGCAGGGCACAUGGAUGACCCCUAUGCUUGAGCAUUGCUCCAGAGCUGAGAGACACUUAUUCUUUUUUUAUUCAUAUAUUCAACUUGUAUACCGCUUUUCCUUAGAAAUAAACCCUGGGGCGGUUCACAACACAACAAAAAUGUAGCAACGUUUGAGCACCAGAUGGUUUCAGUAUGACAAUCCAAAUAAUUCAUCGAGUUCAAUUCAUAUCAAAUAUAACAAGCAUUUGCAGUGCCAUCAAUUACAGUGGUAUCUCGGUUUUCGAACGUAAUCCGUUCCGGAAGACCGCUUGACUUCUGAAACAUUUGAGGUGUGGCCUGCAAAUUCAAUGAAGAAAAUUGAAAGAAAGCUCAGCAGAAGCUAUUCAACUUCUGAGGCGUGUUCGAAAACGGAAGCAUUUACUUCCGGAUUUUCGGCGUUCGGGUUCCAAAUCACUAAUCAACGAAGAUGUUCGAAAACUGAGGUACCACUGUAUUAUUAACAAUAAUAAAACCAGUAGCCUUCUAUUAUGAAGGAGCAGCGAGAUAUGUACCCUGAGGAGUAAAAUACCCGUAUUUUUCGCUCUAUAAGAUGCACCAGACCACAAGACGCACCUAGUUUUUGGAGGAGGAAAACAAGAGAAAAAAUAUUCUGAAUCUCAGAAGCCAGAACGGCAAGAGGGAUCGUUGCACAGUGAAAGCAGCAAUCCCUCUUGCUGUUCUGGCUUCUGGGAUAGCUGCACAGCCUGCAUUCACUCCAUAAGACACACACACACAUUUCCUCUUACUUUUUAGGAGGGAAAAAGUGAGUCUUAUAGAGCAAAAAAUACGGUAUAUGGAAAGAGGGAAGUUUUACUUCAGAGACAGCUUUACGAAGCUUAGUUUAACCUGAGGUGUACGCACACUUGUUUAAGGUAUCCUAUCCCUGCUCCCCUCCCUCCCCAAAUCAUUCCAGGCAAGCUCAUCAUGCACGACCCCUUCGCCAUGCGCCCGUUCUUCGGCUACAACUUUGGCCGCUAUCUGGAGCACUGGCUGAGCAUGGAGGGCCGUAAGGGAGUCCACCUUCCCAAGAUCUUCCAUGUCAACUGGUUCCGGAAGGAUGCGGCCGGGAACUUCUUGUGGCCGGGCUUCGGGGAGAACUCCCGUGUCCUCGACUGGAUCUUCCGCCGCGUCGACGGAGAGGAGAGUGCCAAGGAGACGCCCAUUGGCUACAUCCCCAAAGAUGGCGCCUUAGACCUGACAGGCCUCAGCAAGGUGAACUACCAGGAGCUUUUCUCACUGCCCAAGGAAUUCUGGGAACAAGAAGUGAGGGAAGUGAGGCAGUACCUGAUGGAACAAGUGAACGAGGACCUGCCCAAGGAAGUGAUGAAGGAACUGGAAGCCUUGGAAGCCCGGGUGAAGAAGAUGUGA